AUGGCCCUUGACAGCGAAACCCAGAACAAGAAUGGUGGGGCUCCAGACACUGGGAGCCGAAGCCAGCCGCCCCCAGCUGCCGCUGGUCUUGGCCGUCCGGUCGGCCACUGUCCCAGCAGCGACCAGCCUUGCCAGCCCACUGGCCCCGCUCUCAAUGUGGGUGGUGAUGGAGCAACCGGCGCCAACGGAGCCAAUGACAGAGCGCCCGAGUCACAUGGCGCCAAGAAAAGCCUUCCUUCGUUUCUGCAGCCAAGCGCGGCCUUCAUGACCUCUUUCUUUGGCCGCGGCCUCAAGAUCCUAGCGGAGCGAAGUGGACAACAAACCUCUUCCAUCCAGAACGACAGCAAGUCCAACAAGCAGAACAAGCGUCAGACCCUAUCUGACGAGAACGAGCCGAAGGCCAAGAGAAAGGCCAAAGUCGCCAAAAAGAAGGUUCCGUUUGAAAAGAAAGACGGUAAAACCGCGAAGAAGAACGGCAACCAGCGCCCCUUCAAAGCCAAAAGCGGCCCUUCCUCUUCUGCUGCCGCGGCUCCUGCUCCCUCGUCGGCGUCUGCGACGGCACAAGUUUCUGGGGGUCAAACCGAGCCGAAAGUCAAAGUCGAUGCCGAACUCGAAGCUCAACUUCAGGCCGAGUUCGAGUCCGUGCUUCUAGACAAUCUCCACCCUUCAAUCGCUGCGACCGAGCGCGCUCAGCCCAAAGCCGACCUCGAAGAAGACGUCGACGUCAAGUUCGAGAUUGUCUUUGAAGUCGAUCGCAAGACGGAAACCACAGCUACUAACCACGAUCAACUCAAAGCCGAACUUCAAGCCGAGUUCGAGGCUGCACUUCAAGACCACGCCGAGGCUAUCACUACAGCGACCGAGCAAUCGCAAACCGAAACCAACCACGAGUCUGACUCCGAGACCGAAAUUUCAUUCGACACUGAUUUUGAGGACGAUCGAGAGGCAGAGACCAAAGCGACAGACGAAGCAAAGCGCGGAGUUAAGUUGGAAGCAGAGUUUGAGGCCGCACUCAACGCCUACAUCCCAACCACAGCUGCUGUGACUGGUCAAGCACCAAACAAGAACAUCCACAAUUUACUGCCUAAGCCAUCGAUCAUGUCGAACCAGCAAGGUCUGAAGUCGCUGGUUCCCAGCGCGAAGCAGCAGCUCCAACGGUCGUCGCUCGCACCGCCUAGUCCGUCGCCCUCCGUCGGCUCGACCGCGUCCGCUGCCCCCGGCGGUGGCCCUACCUCUGUCGGCACUCCGCGCAAGGAUCGCGAUGGCGCGCCCAUCGUCUACUCGCAGCCAGAUCGCACCGGUACUGGUGAAAAUAUCAUCUCGCAGAUGGCCUAUGCGAUCUCCUGGCUGCGCAGCAAAGAGGAGCCCCAGACCUACUGGGACGUGCUGUCCUACCUGUCGGCCACCUCGCGCCCAGAGUCUGAGCAAGAGUACUUCGUCGACCAGAUGCGGCGCAAUCCGCAGAUCCAGUGGAUCCCCGACCCGGAUCUGUCCGAGCAGACCUGGAAGAGCGGUACUUACGUGCACCGGCCCAUCAUCCCGGGCGUGAAGAGCAAGGACACGCUGAUCGCUUACCUACAGAAGAAACAGGACGCGUCGGGCGUCAGCGUCAAGGACCUCAAGGAUGGCUGGCCUGACUGCGAACAGGCCAUUGCUGAGCUGGAGCGCGAGCACAAGGUGCUGGUGGUGCGUGCUAAGAAGGACGGCGCUGCCCGCAUGGUCUGGCUCGAUGAUCCGUCGCUAUUCCACGAGGUUGAUCCUGAGCUCAAGCUGAUGUGGGCGCGCGUCGAGGUUCCCUCUGUCGAUACUAUCGUGCAGCGCCUGUUGGCCGCGCAGCAGAAGCCUGCUAGCGAGGAUCCCCGCCUCAAACAGGCUGCCAACGCCCCCACGCAGCAGGACAAGAAGAAGAAGCGGGCGCAGAGACGCACCGGCAAGGCGACUAAUACCCAUAUGGAACACCUGCUCAAGGAUUAUAGCCACUUGAAGCGUUAA